GACCGCCCGGGCCGCGCCCCGUCCGUCCUCUCGUCACGUCCGCCCGCGCCGGCCCGCCCGCGCCUGCGCACUGCGGCUCCCUCUCCGCGUCGGCGCUGACGGAAGAUGGCCAAGCGCACCAAGAAGGUCGGGAUCGUUGGUAAAUAUGGGACACGUUACGGUGCGUCCCUUCGGAAAAUGGUGAAGAAGAUUGAAAUCAGCCAGCAUGCCAAGUAUACCUGCUCUUUCUGUGGCAAGACCAAAAUGAAGAGGAAGGCUGUGGGUAUCUGGCAUUGUGGAUCCUGCAUGAAGACAGUAGCUGGUGGUGCCUGGACUUACAAUACCACCUCUGCAGUGACAGUCAAAUCCGCCAUCAGAAGACUGAAGGAACUGAAGGACCAGUAGAAGCUACUUCCUGUUCUCCUUAUGAAACAUCCUUUUUUCUCCACUGUCAAGAUUUGUCCUUUUAUUAAUAAAAGGGUGAUGAUGGAGUGGAA